AUGUUAUUAGUUCUGUUAAUUAUUGCUUUUGUAUAUAUUCCAAAUAAUGUUCAUUGUUUAUCUUGUUUUAAAUGUAUGACAACAAAUUUUGAAAAUGAUACAUGUUCGGAUCCAUUUCAUCCAAUUGAAAAUCGUCUUGAAAGUGAAUGUUUAGCAUCAUCAAAUGGUAGAAAUGGUUUAUUUCCUGCUCGAUUUUGUGUUAAAAUAUCCGGUAUUAUUGUUGAUGUUGAUCGAAAUGUCAAUCGUUCAUUAUUACAUAAAAGUCUUUAUCUACGUACAUGUAUUAUAGAUAAUAUUAUGGAUUCAACACGAUCAUCUGAUUCAACAGGAAAUUUUCGUUUAAAAAAUUUUAAUCAAAUCAAAGGUGUAAGAAUGCAAGGUACAAUAACAUUAUGUUCUCAUGAUGGUUGUAAUCAAGCAAUUUUAUUAACUGUAAAUUCAAUGAAUAUUUUAUUUUUUCUGUUCGUUUUGCUAAUUUAUCAAUUAAAAUAA